AUGUCCGCCCCUCUAGAGAGAGUUGCUAUCGUCGGUGCAACUGGUCGCAUCGGAGGUGCAUUUGCUAAGGCAUUAGUGGGAACAGGAAAGCACACAGUCACGGCCUUGAGUCGCCCCGAGAGUAAAGGCAAGGUUCCAGAUGGUGUUAACUCCGUGGAGGUAAAUUACGACGAUGAAGCCUCAAUUAUGGAAGCUCUUAGAGGUCAACAGUUCCUCGCUAUUACCCUUGCGGUGAGGGCUCCUAAUGAUCUUCAUGCUCGGAUUGUGGCUGCUGCAGGCAAGGCCGGGGUCCCCUACAUCAUGCCCAACGUCUUCGGAUAUCCCAUGGAGCGUAAAGAUGUCAAAGAUGAGGACUCAUACAGCCAGCUCAUCUUAAACCGGAUCAGGGAUAUCGAGAAGACAAACUUCUCCAUCACAGUCAACAUGUCUUGUGGGUUUUGGUAUGAAUGGAGCUUGGCGCUCGGCAACCAAUGGUUCGGCUUCACCAUCAAGGACCGUAAAGUCACUUUCUUCGAUGACGGCAAGCGAACAAUCACAGUCAGCACAUGGGACCAGUGCGGUCGGGCGUUUGCAGCACUUUUGAGCCUGCCGGAAUCUGAGGGGCUCACGUCUGUUGCCAGCUUCAAAACGAAGGACAUUCUUAUCAACAGCUUCCGCGUCUCUCAGCGCGACAUGCUCGAUAGCCUUCAUCGGGUACUGGGUACUACAGAUGCAGACUGGGAUAUUGAAUAUGAGCCCACCGCCAAGCGUAUUCAGGAUGGGACCGAGGAGAUGAAGAACGGCAUCUUUACUGGCUUCGCCAAGAUGCUUUAUGGUGGCGUGUUUUUGGAUAGCAACCAGUUCAGUGAUUAUGCAGCCACAAUGCCACUGGAAAACGAGUCGUUGGGGUUGCCUACUGAGGAUUUGGAUGAGGCGACGAGGAGGGCGGUGGAUAUGGUCGAGAGCGGUUGGAACCCCUUUGCUUGA